UCGGUCUCAGAAAUUAUGCAAAGCUAGGAAUUCAUACAAGAGAAAUGUGGUUACCCCACCGUAAUGCUAUCAUAAGACAUAGCUGUUUACAUUCUCCUGUAAAAUAUGAUGAUGACAAAAAUGUAGUAUGUCGUAAAACGCCGCCACCUGGGCCGCAUGACGUGUAUUACAUGUGCCUGAAAACACCUUGCUAUGUGGAUACUCGACAGCCAAAGUACAACCCUCUGACAUACAUAACCAUAGACCCUUUUGACAACUAUGAAGCACUGCACAACACCAAGAGUAAAGAAACCACAAGGGGGAUCCAGGAGAAGGAGCCUGGGAGGAUCAUGGUCACUCCUGAGGAGAAGUGGUGGAACGAGGAGAGAGACAAUGACCACGAGACGGACACGGCGACCACCAGUGGAGAUAUGGAGACCGGCACGCUGGCCUGGAUGUGGGACGGCUUCAGUGUCGAUGACUACGACCUAAAGCCGCGACCCAUCACGGUCACCCCAAAGGCCGUGGAGAGCAAACCCAGAGUGACCGUGCCGGAGCCGUUCCAGAUGACCCUGAGGGAGAUGGAGAAGCGGCGGAAGCCCAGGCAGGCCUGGGAGGAGGUGAGCGUGGAGCCACAGACGACACCGCCGCCGCCGCCGCGGUUCAAGGCCAGCCCCAUCCCCAGGAGCACGCGCUUCUGCCGCUACGACAAGAUGGUCCAGGAGUGCGAGAGACAGCGGCAGAUUGUUCGCGAGAAGCGGAAGGCGUUUCUCCAGGCCAUGCAGUGCCCUUUCGGCGUCGGGGACGCAAAGCCCACCAAGCGACCCCCGGCGGCGAGCGCAGAGGAGAAGCCGACUUUCAGGCCGGCCAUCAACCCCACCGUGCCGGACUUCACCAAGCUGCACCACACGUUCGAGGACCGACUGAAGCACGUCAGGCAGCAAAGGCAGCCCACCGUGCCUCAGCCGUUCAGCUUCCAGGCCAGUGCACUUGGUGACCACCAGCAGACCACCUGCAGGACGGUCAAGGAGCCAGUAAAGACCACCAAGUGGCAAGAUGCCACUAAGAGAUCAGCAGACCAGUGGACAAAGGCGACGGCAAGAUCACCAAGGAAUACGAAGUCCGCUCUGUUGCGGGAGGGGGCUGUGAGGAAGAAACUAACAUCUGAAGCAGCUAAACGAAUGGAGUAUGAGAACCAGACGUCAGACACAAGGGCCAAGCUGCAAAAAGAAGUAGGACUGUGGAUUACUGCUCAGAAGUGCUACAGUUCUGCAAAUGAAAAGAGGAGGGAGUAUUACAGGAGAGAGCUGCAGGCUCGGAGUGCGGAGUACCGGGCAGAGCUGGCCGAGAUGAAGGAGCGCGUCAGCCGCAGACCCCUGAUGCUGCAGAGCCUCCACGACCCAGCCACGCAAGACCACAGCUCCUGUGUGAUUCUGGAACACCUGGUGCUAGAGGACUUCCUGCGUUGGAAUCAAGCGCAGACUGGUGACCAGAGCCAUCAGCUUCAAAUAGAGAGUUAAAGGUUCAUACGGACAACCUGGAGGGAGACAUUAUUUCCGACUUUGUACAACUG